UGGGAGAGUAGCUGGCUACGAAUAUUCCGAUUACCUCAUCACACCAAAAAUGCAAGGACAUGCUGUGAUGCACGAUACCCGCAGGAAGAAGAAUAAAGUACGGCAGAUCAUGGCUGAGAGAGUGCGAAUGACACAGGAAACUAUUAUGGACACUCCACCCACUACACCACCAGGUAUACCAUCACGCAACGUCCGCAGAUGCCUGUUCCCUGACACUCUAGACCAAAUCACAAGACAAGAAUUCCGCAAAGAAUUUUACGAAGAAAUAAAGAAAGAUAGAAUAAAAAUGAAAGAGAAAUAUAAUUUUGACUCAGUCAAUGAAGUUGCUUUAGAAGGCAAAAAUUAUGAAUGGUAUAAAAAAGUUAAUGAUGAAUGGGAGUAUAUGGAACCUUUGCCAGUUAAAGGCAUUGAUUCAACCAUGACACCUCAUCGUGAACCUGACAAUAGGUCCUUGCCGGAGAUUGGGAAAAGGAAGAGGGAUGCAGGAGCUAAUGAACCUGAUCACCAAGCUGUUAAGAAACGAUUGAGCUACAAUUGAUGCUGUUUAGCAUUUGAAAUUAUAGAGGAAAGUUGAGAUGGAUAUUUUCUGACAUAUUUUUAGAUAACUUUAACACCCUUACCAUGUUAUUCGAACUGAAUAUGACAGCAGCAACUUUUGUCGAGACAAUUUUUUUAAAUAUGGAAGUAUGCAUUCUGCCCAUCCUCACCUAUGGCGCUUAAACUUGGUCUUUCACACAAUAUCUGAAGUCCAAACACAAGAUUUGCCAGCGGGCCAUGGAGUGCAGUGUCUUCGAGAUUUCGGCUAUUGGGCAGAAUAAGAAACACCACGCUGCGCUCCACGACUAAAAUCAUCGACGUUGGUCAUAAAGCCGCAAGCUUGAAGUGCAACUGGGCUGAUCACGUCUGCCGCAUAUCGGACUAGCGGUGGGCAAAACUCACCACUGAGUGGAGCUCAACGUCCAUAGACGUCGCGGCAGGCCCAAAAAGAGAUGACGAAAUCGAC